CACAAAUGCUAUUGUAUGGAUGGCCGGCGGAGUCGUCGAUGACCUAGUGACAAGGACUGACGGGAACACCCAACCAUUCCUUGGUGUGUUACCUUUCCCUCUUCUUCCUGCAGGCAGGCACAGGGCACAAACCAAGCUCUUGAGCUCGCCAUGGCAUCGCCACCCGCUCGUUCUGAUUCCGUCCCCUCCUCCUCCUCCUUGUUGAGGUCCUUCGCAGAGUUCCCUGCUCGACUAACGGGGCUCGACGGCGACGCCUUCCAGCCUGCCAGCAGACGUGAGGACAGCCCAAAUGAAGGGAUUCUGCAAGUCGCAAAAGAGGGCGAAACUGAGUUUAUCUUGGAUUCGGGAGCCUCCGUCCACGUGGUUGGCGAUUCUUCUCUCCUGUCGUCGUUCAGGACGAUCACCGCCGCCGCCGCCGCCGCCUACCGGGCGCGCGACGGGAGGCAGCUGGUUGUCGCCGGGGUCGGCACCAUUUCCCAGGGCACCUUCCAGCUCUCCGACGUCCUGCACGUCCCUGGCCUCCCCGUCGGAGUCGUCCUGGUCUCCGUGACGCAGCUUGCCGAACGCGGCUACCUCGUCAUGUUCGGCGGCGGCCGGUGCCAUGUCAAGGACCAGAGCACCGGUAACAUGGUGGGGAACGGCCGGUUGCACAGCCAAGAUGGCCUGUACCACCUCGAGUUCCUCAAGAUCCCGCCCGACACAACGGACACCACGGCUCCAUUACGCUCUACACCAUCAUCCCUCAGAUGCUAUAGCAAGCACCAGAGUUAGUACAAGUAAAAUUGAGAUGACAUCUAUGUUCAGUAUUUUCGGCAGUAUUGUCCUAUGCUGUAUGUUGCCUAUAAUUUAUCGCUCGGUGUCCUUGGCAUCUACAAUUACCAGGGCCGUGUAAUCACUCUAAAACAUUAUACUAGUAUCUUAUAGUCAGCUUUGGUGAGCUUGA